AUGAGUAAAGAGAGUGUAAAUCCACUGAAGAAGUUUCAACGCAUUUCUGAGAACCGAAUUGUAGCGAUAUGCAUUCCAAUAAUAUUGGGACAGAUUCUUGCUGUACUUAUCAGUCUAACAGCAAUAUGUAAUGGCAUACUUUAUCGUCAUAAAAUAAACCUACCACUUGCUAUCAAUAUUCCACACUACUUUUUAUUAGCCAUUUUCUAUGGACUUCCCUAUCUUUUUUAUAAAUUGUAUACAAGUUGUUGCAGUAACACACCGAUUAAUAGUACUAGUAAUCCCAGUGAUGCUGGAGAUUUUGAAGAGGAUUACAAUGGUACCACCGACAACGUAAACAUUCAACCUGUCAUUAUACCUAGUUCUAGAGGACGUUUAAUGAACACAUUACUAACUCGUCUUGGCCUCUAUUCACUUGUUGGCGUCAUUGAUGUCCAUGCCAACUGGGCAAUUGUGUCUGCUUAUGCAUAUACCAGUGUGACUAGUGUACAACUAUUAGAUUGUAUUACAAUACCAACAGUUGUAUUGUUGAGUUACUUCUUCCUAUACCAACGUUAUAAAUGGAAUCAUUAUAUUGCUAUAAUUUUAUGCUUAAUUGGUGCUACUGGUAUGGUGCUUACAGAUUACUUCAUACCAUCUUCUAGCACUGAUAAUGUUAAUGCAAAUGGAACACAUGACAGUCUAUUGAACAAUACUAUGACUAAUCAAUUUUUUACUCCACAACAAAUGGUUUUUGGUGAUUUUCUAGUCAUUAUCGGUGCUGUUGCGUAUGCUGUAUCAAAUGUUUUGCAACACUACCUAAUUGUUAAGUAUGGUAUUAUUGAAUUUCUUUGUUGUGUUGGUGUGGUAGCAUCUGUCAUAACAUUGAUUUAUACAGUUAUAUUUGAACAACUAGCUGUUAGCAGUGUACUGGCUACUAUCACUUCUGUAAAUGUAACUGAAAUUAUUGCUUGUUUUAUUGGUUAUGCGUCAUCAAUGUUUUUACUUUAUUCACUUAUGCCUAUAGUCUUGGCACGUUCAUCUGCUGUCCUAG